GGGUGGUACAUCAUGUCUAAGUAACAGGUCCAAAAGCUCCCCAGCAGAACACUGAACUCUCACAAGAUGGUCAAUGUUGUUCACUUCUCCUGUAAGUGGUCAUAAUGUUAUGCCGGACUGGUGUAUAUCUGAUUUUCUGUGUUGAUUUUUCCACAGUGGGGCUGUUGAACCUCUGACAGCCUCGGUGCCACUAAACACGCGGAGAAGACAGAGUCCAGACUUUGAUUGUAACUUGUGAAAUGUUGUGAAAAUGCACACGAAUUAAAAACAUAUUCUUUACAAACAGAGCAACUGCGGGCGUCCCGUCAAUCCUUAACUACAUGUACCAGAAUGCACCUCGGCUGUCAGUUUCAGCAGAGCGCUUUGCUGUUGUACUAGCGGAGAGCGCACACACUGAGAGACGGGCUGGCUUACCCGUGCUUCAAACAUGGACCAAGGCAACAAUUCAGAGGGUGAGCCAGUCGCCCCAACAGAGGAUCCCUCGGAUGAGGAACUGCCGUGUAUACCUCCGGGCCUCGCGGAUGGUGAAUCUACGGCUAUGCUUUGGCAGUUUCGAUCCCAGCGCCGCCAGACGUCUCCCGUGCUCCCGGAGACGGUGACACGCCUGACUGCCGCCGAUGGCAGCAUCCUUUACCUGGUGGGCACCGCCCAUUUCAGCGACAGCAGCAAAAAGGACGUGGCCACGACAAUCCGUGCUGUGCAGCCAGACGUGGUGGUGGUGGAGUUGUGCCACUACAGGGUGUCGAUGUUGAGGAUGGAUGAGAACACACUUCUGAGGGAAGCCAAAGACAUCAACCUGGACAAGGUUCAGCAGGCCAUCAAACAGAACGGACUGAUGUCUGGCCUGAUGCAGAUCCUCCUGCUCAAGGUUUCAGCUCACAUCACAGAGCAGCUGGGCAUGGCACCUGGAGGGGAGUUUAGAGAAGCCUUCAAAGAGGCUGGAAGGGUUCCAUUUUGUAAGUUUCAGCUUGGGGACAGGCCCAUCCCUGUGACGUUCAAGAGGGCCAUCGCUGCUCUCAGUCUGUGGCAGAAGGCUCGUCUGGCCUGGGGCCUUUGCUUUCUGUCAGACCCAAUCAGCAAAGAAGACGUAGAGAAGUGCAAACAAAAGGACCUGCUGGAGCAGACUAUGUCAGAGAUGAUCGGCGAGUUUCCUGCUCUCCACCAAACCAUCGUGGCCGAAAGAGACAUCUACCUCACGCACACGCUCCGCGAGGCUACACGCUGUGUGGAGGCUCCCUCUGAUGCCAGGAAAGUGCCUGCUGUGGUGGUGGGAGUCGUAGGGAUGGGCCACGUUCCCGGCAUAGAACGAAACUGGGAGAAGCAGCUUGAUAUUAAUGAAAUCAUGAGGGUUGCACCUCCCUCACGUUUCGGCUGGGUGGUACGCACCGUCAUAAAGGGAGUGGUGAUGGGAAUGCUGGGAUACGCCUGCUACCGCGCUGGAGGAAGUUUAGGUAGAGCCGUGCUGUCUUUACCUGCAGUCCAGUCUUUGCUGGAGACGCUGCGGCCGCCUCCCGCUUGACCCCGCUGGUCUCCUUUCAGCCACCAGUGACACGACCUUUGAUCUACGAAAACAAUGCAUCUUUCACCAGUGGCCUUAAAAAACAGGAGGUGUAGGUGGAGGACGGGGUUCGCCCAGCCCACACUAUGAACUCACAAGGACCUCGAUGUGGGUGGGGGGGUGGUUACCAACCCCUCCAACCUCGUAUUGACGUCCCUGUAUACGCAGCAGGGCUGUACUGCCAAAGAACCCAUGACAGUACUCUUAGUUUUCUCUCCUUUUUUUGAGCAAAAUCCUGCAUUUUGUAAGAUUUACAAAUGCCAAUAAUUGUUUUGGGUUUGUACAGCAUGUUUCCCACAGUUCUGGUUUAUACACACAGACAUAUAGUUUUUAUUUGAAAAGUAUCAUUGGAUAUAUCUUAAGUCACCUGCCCUGAUAUAACGGAGACAUUUUCUGAGAGGACAAUGUCUUCUUAGUCCCUCCUCUUUUCUUGUGCCAACACAUAUUGUUGGUAACUGUCAGAUUUCAAUUCCAGCACUUUAUAAUGGACUGGCAGAGUCUUUUUUUUUUUUUUUUUUUUUAACACAUGCAGCAUGUGGAAGUAAAAACAGUCGGGCAUAACUAUAAUAAACAAGUUAGAAAAAUGUAUGGUUUUAUAGCUGGUGCAUAGAGAGACUCCUAUGCUGUGAGGUGCAUGUAAAAAGAAGUUAAUUAGGAGAAUUCAACUUCAGAAUCUCGACAAAUCUGUUUAAAAAUGCGUACUCUUCAGAAUCCAAAAUAAUUCAUCUGUCAACCAUGGGUUGGUCAGAAUUAUAGAAGCUGUAAAAAUAUACAGUUGUAUUUACACGGGAUAGUAGAAGAUAGAUUUCAUUCGUGCACAGUCCUCCCAACAUCAACAGACAAGUGCCUCAUCUUACAGCUGUAAGGGCUACAGGUGAACUAAGAAGUGUUAUAUGCAUUUUCAACAAGAGUGGUCCGUUUAUAGGAUUCUGUCUUUAUAUUAUUACAUGAUAGAGCUGUUUUUAUAAACACCGUUUUCCCUGAAUAUAGACACACCAUAGCCCCCCUACGCUAUAUGAUCCAUCAUUCAUUUGACAGAGACCUGAUGCAGGACAGGCGUCCACAUGCCUCAGGAAGAGCAGUGCGUAAUCUUCCCGCUCAUUUCGGUUCUCAAUGAUGGCUCCGUCUCUGAGUGGAGGGUUCUUACUUGACUCGAAUAUAUGCAUCACAUAGAGAAAGCCAUUUCUGAAAACUGUCGCAUCACACGUCGGACACAGCUGUUGUUUGAACGUUUAUGAUAUAUGCAUUGUCAUUACUUUCUUGUCUGAUCUUAAGAUUAGUCUGUUUCCCUUAAAUUAAGGAUUUACAGUGAUUUCUCUUUGCCUACUAACGAGGUGGACAGUUAAGUUUGGGAGAUAAAGCCUUACGGUGAUUUUACUGCUGCCUUUGACUCUCAAACUGCCUCUUCUCCUGGACUGGUAAUAUAUCCUCCCUGGAAAUACACUAUAAUGUCACAUGGGAGAAAUUCAGAUUGUGUAACCACAUAAAGCCAACCUUCAAUUUAGGAGUUAAUUUACAACUUUUUCUUUUUCAGUCCAACAAACUAUAAAUUCAUUUCCCCUUUAAAAACAUGAUCGGCCAGCUAUCCACACUCUGAGCCAACUCGGAUAAUCUGUCUUCCAGUUGCAAAAUUCUCAUGCUUAAAUUGAGAGAUAAGGAUAUUGACAAAGAGGAGGUCAGGUGUAGUCCAUGCCUCUCAGUUCCUCUGCAGUAUAACACUGUCAAAUUCAAAUAUUUACAGUCUGUCUCCCUCCUGCAUCAUUUCUGAAGGGUUCAGUUGUGUGUUUGGGAACUGCCAAGAAAUCUGUAUGAAUGCCAGUGUUUAUUUGUUGGAUUCACUUUCCCACACCCAUGUGUCGUCAUUGUUAACAUACCAAAUGCUUGUUUCUGUUAUGGGUUAUAAAAACAUUUAAAGUAAAGAAAAUUAUAUUUGCCUCAAA